UUGUCCUCUCCUCCACUACCUCUCUAAUGAAGCUAUCUGUGCUUGGGGUGCUCUUGGCACUAAGCCUGACGACUCGGCUAACGGAGGCUGCGACCUCCAAUCUCGUCUGCUACUAUGACUCGGCUUCGUUUUUGCGGACCGGUCUGGCCAAAUUGCGGACAGAAGAUCUGGAAUUGGCGCUACGAUUCUGCACACAUCUGGUAUAUGGGUAUGCGGGUCUGAAGGCGAGCACCAUGGAAGUUUUUAGCCUGAACGUGGAUCUGGAUAUGUUCCAUUACAACAACAUAACCAUGCUGCGCACCAAGUAUCCGCAUCUGAAGAUACUGCUCAGCGUUGGAGGCGAUCGGGAUGUGGAUGAGGCGCAUCCGCUUAAGUAUCUGGAACUGCUGGAGGCCAAUACCACGAUACAGCAGAACUUUAUAGACAGCAGCAUGGUUCUGCUGCGUCGCAAUGGCUUCGAUGGCCUCGAUCUGGCCUUCCAGCUGCCACGCAAUAAGCCCCGCAAGGUGCACGGCACCAUUGGCAGCUAUUGGAAGAAGUUCAAGAAGCUGUUCACAGGCGAUUUCAUAGUCGAUCCGCAGGCCGAACAGCACAAGGAGCAGUACGCGAGCUUGGUGCAGAACAUAAAACGUGCCUAUUGGAGUGCCAACCUGAUUAUGACCAUGACUGUCCUGCCGAACGUCAAUUCAACGUGGUACUUCGAUGUGCCUAAGCUGCACCAACAUUUCGAGUUCAUUAACGUGGCCGCCUUCGACUUCCUCACGCCCAUCCGCAAUCCCGAGGAAGCGGACUUUACGGCUCCCAUUUUCUUCCUGGACGAGCAGAACCGUUUGCCGCACUACAACGUCGAGUUUCAACUCAACUAUUGGCUACAGAACCAAUGUCCGCCCCACAAGCUGUAUUUGGGCAUAGCCAGCUACGGCCGCUCCUGGAUGCUGACCUCGAACUCGGGCUUGAGCGGCUUGCCUGUCGUGCCCGCUACCUAUGGACCUGGCGAGCCUGGUCUUCAAACACGCACGGACGGGCUGCUCAGCUGGCCGGAGAUCUGCUCGAAACUGACCCGGAAUGCCACAGCUGUCUAUCGCGGACCCAACGCACCGCUGCGUAAGGUCACAGACCUGACCCAGAAGUAUGGCAACUAUGCGCUGAGACCCGCCGACGAGGUGGGUCAGCACGGGCUGUGGGUGAGCUUCGAUGAUCCCGACUUUGCCGGCAUAAAGGCAGCCUAUGCCAAGUCCAAGGGUCUGGGUGGCGUCGCGCUCUUCGACUUGGGCUACGAUGAUUUCCGUGGGCUCUGCACGGGCCAGAAGUUCCCCAUUGUGCGCUCCAUAAAAUACUUUUUAGCUUAGUUCUAGUUGUAGUAACUCUGUUUGUUAUUACACGUAAUUGUAGAAUUGUUUUAGAAUGUUAA